GUCUUAAACUUUGCCAUGGAAUUAAGACCGAACGUCGAUUUCCCCGCUACCUGUUAAACGUCUCGUGGCUGGUUGCAGAGAGAGAGAGAGAGAGAGGUGUCAGGCAUGUAUGCCUCUGGGAAAUACAGCUCUCGGGGCCCCGCUCUUAUCCCGCGGAUGAAGACCAAGCACCGUAUAUACUACAUCACCCUCUUCUCUGUGGUUCUGCUUGGACUCAUUGCCACCGGGAUGUUUCAGUUCUGGCCCCACUCCAUUGAGUCCGCAGCUGACUGGACCCUUGACAAACGCAGUGUCCACGAUGCACCUGUGGUCCGCCUGCCCGUCUCCAGCCCCAUUCCUGAGAGGGGUGACCUCAGCUGUCGCAUGCACACCUGUUUUGAUGUGUACAGAUGUGGCUACAAUCCUAAAAACAGAAUCAAGGUUUACAUCUACCCUCUGCAGAAGUUUGUGGAUGAACUGGGGGUUCCUAUCAGCAGCACUGGGCUGUCUCGAGAAUACAAUGAUCUGCUCAGUGCCAUCUCUGACAGUGACUUUUACACUGAUGACGUCACCAGAGCGUGUCUGUUCAUCCCGUCUGUUGACGUGCUGAAUCAGAACUCACUUCGUAUUAGAGAGACUGCCCAGGCUCUGGCAAUGCUACCCAGAUGGGACAAAGGGAUGAAUCACCUACUUUUCAACAUGUUACCUGGAGGCCCUCCAGACUACAAUACUGCCUUGGAUGUGCCCAGAGACAGAGCGCUGCUGGCUGGAGGCGGUUUCUCUACAUGGACUUACAGGCAAGGUUAUGAUGUCAGCAUCCCAGUGUACAGCCCCCUCUCUGCGGAUGUUGAGCUGCCUGAGAGACAGCCUGGGCCACGGCGCUACUUUAUCCUGUCAUCUCAAACUGCCAUCCAUCGAGAGUACCGUGCUGAACUGGAGCGCUUGAAGGAAGAAAAUGGAGAGGCACUGCUCCUCCUGGACAAGUGUAGCAACCUCUCCCAGGGUGCCGCCUCUGCACGAAAACGCUGCUACAAGGGGCAGGUGUAUGACUACCCUCAGAUUUUGCAGGAGUCUUCAUUCUGUGUGGUUUUGCGGGGAGCACGAUUGGGUCAGGCUGCCCUCAGUGAUGUGCUGCAGGCUGGCUGUGUCCCCGUCAUCCUCGCUGACUCCUACAUUCUGCCAUUCUCCGAAGUACUUGACUGGAAAAGGGCAUCUGUUGUUAUUCCAGAGGAGAAGCUAUCAGAGAUGUACACCAUCCUAAAGAGCAUUCCUCACAGACAAGUUGAAGAGAUGCAGAGACAGGCACGCUGGUUCUGGGAAGCCUACUUCAGCUCCAUGAAGGCUAUUGGCCUGACUACACUCCAGAUCAUCAAUGACCGCAUCUACCCAUAUGCUGCUCGCACUUACGAGCAGUGGAACAAUCCACCUGUGGUGAAGUGGACCAGCGUGAACAGCCCUCUGUUCUUGCCACUUAUCCCACCAAGGGCACCUGGGUUCACAGCAGUGGUGCUGACCUAUGAUCGCGUUGAAAGUCUUUUCCGGGUCAUCACGGAAAUCUCAAAGGUGCCUAGCUUGGCUAAGCUGCUGGUGGUGUGGAAUAACCAGAACAAGAGUCCACCUGAGGAGUCUCUUUGGCCAAAGGUCGGUGUUCCUCUCAAAGUCGUGCGAACCAAAGAGAACAAGCUGAGUAAUCGCUUCUUCCCCUACGACGAGAUCGAAACAGAAGCUGUGCUAGCGAUUGAUGAUGACAUCAUCAUGCUGACAUCUGAUGAACUGCAGUUUGGCUACGAGGUGUGGAGGGAGUUCCCAGACAGGCUGGUGGGCUACCCAGGCCGGCUGCACCUCUGGGACCAUGAAAUGGGGAAGUGGAAGUAUGAGUCCGAGUGGACCAAUGAGGUCUCCAUGGUCCUAACUGGAGCUGCUUUCUACCACAAGUACUUCAACUAUUUGUACACAUACAAGAUGCCAGGAGACAUCAAGAACUGGGUGGAUGCUCACAUGAACUGUGAAGAUAUUGCCAUGAACUUCCUGGUGGCUAACAUCACAGGCAAAGCCCCCAUAAAGGUGACCCCCAGGAAAAAGUUCAAGUGCCCUGAGUGUACUGCCAUUGAUGGACUGUCCCUGGAUCAGACACACAUGGUGGAGAGAUCUGAGUGCAUCAACAAGUUUGCUUCAGUUUUUGGUACGAUGCCUCUGAAGGUGGUGGAACACCGUGCAGACCCAGUGCUCUACAAAGACGACUUUCCAGAGAAGCUCAAGAGCUUCCCCAACAUCGGCAGCCUCUGACCAUCCGGUAACAGAUGUUUGGACCUCGUCACAGCCUCAACACUUCAAGAUUUAUCACCAACAUCGUCUUUUAUAUCAAGACGUCAAUAUUCAGACUAAAGCGGUUCAUGCUCCUGUCACUUCUCAGUUCAAGUGACUUGCUUUGAUUUUUACAUUUUAAACACGAAAUUGUACAGGACAUUAAGUUAACAUCUUGAAUGACAGGUGACACUGAAAUCUAGGAAAGUGUGAUUUUUGUGUCUGAAGUAAAAGAUAUUAUUAUAAAGGUUUAGCAGUCCUAAUGCCUAGACUAAUGUUACAUGAACUUCUUUUGGACACCCUGAGUGUGAUAUUUGAUGGACAGGCUGAUUGAUUAGAUGCUCGCAGUCCCUCACUGUUACUGUUUUGGAGCUGGAAGCUUUGGGCUCCAGCUGCUCUGGAAUCGGUGUAUACAGUGUAUAUAUAUUUGUAUUUUGCAGCAGUGCUGUAUAGUAGUCAUAAUUUAUGAUGCUCCAACUAGUUAUUUUCUUCUUCUUUCAAAAGCUGACAUGGACCUGAUUCUUUUAGCCGUACUGUAAAGGAAAAGUAAUAAAUGUUUAAUUUACAUGAUAUAUAGUAAAUAAUUAAAUGACAUAUCUAUGUAGGCUUUAUCCAGUGGUUAAUUGAAUGUGAUGAGCGCACACAGCAUGGUGGCUAACAGAUAAUGUACAAUAAAUGUUUCACAUACGGUCUGUUUUACACAAUCAGAUUGGGCCAAGCUGGUACCAUAAAUCUGAUAUUUAGAGUGAAUAACUGCUGAUUUUAAAAUAUUGAUGCUGAGCUACUGGAACAUCUUGAAUUGUAAUUUCAUACUGCCUGAGCAAGACUUUUCUGAUUUAAAUAUAUAAGAAAAGCAGUGGUUGCUAAUUGAAGCAUUCACUAAACAGUUUCAUUAGUUGUGUGUAUGAACAAUGCAAUGCAAUGAAGACAUACUAUAUAGUGAAGAGAGAAUAUCCAAAUACACCCUAUUGAGAACGGAUGUGUAUAAGUUGUUGAUGCAAUGCUUUGUUUUUUAUUCUUCCAUUAAACCUGUUGUGUACGUUUUUAUAUUUUUAUCCUUUUUAUCACAACGUGUCCCAGCUCCAGUAUUUAGGCUUUAACAUUAAGCGCAGCACAGUCUGUAAAAUGUUAACAUUACCUUGUUAUGUUUUUAUUUGCCUUUUUUAUUUUUAUUUUCAUAAGGUCAGUGAAAUUGUUUUAAAUUUUUUGACUGUUUAUGUAUCUAAGUGUAUAUAUGACUUUGUAAUGCACAAGUAAAGAUCACACUAAUAUCUCACA